GGAAAAGUGCUAACGGCCGCACUUGAGCCUCGGGAGGCCGUGGAGAUGGCGUCGGGGCCCGGGGCCACGGUGCCUGAGGGCUCAGUCCGAACCGGCAGCCCCAGCAGGCGAGGCGAGAAGGCUGGCUUGGCGCCCACCGGGGACUCCGCGGUCGCGGGCACCCUCAAGGGCUGCGCGUCCCCGGUGAGGUCGGUGGUGGCCUCCCCUCGCCCCGUGAAGGUGAAGGGGAAGGCGGGCCGGGAGGCCGCCCGGCGGCGGCUGCAGCUCCUGCCGGACUCUCAGGCCGAGAACCCGGGAGAGGGAGCUGAGGAGGAGGAGGAGGAGGGACCCCUCCUCACAGUGCCCGAGGAGGAUGAAGAGGAGGCGCAGCCAUUGCCCCCGGUCUGCGUGUCCCCCAUGAGGGGGAUGUGGCGGGACGAGAAGGUGGCUCUGUACUGUGACGAGGUGCUGCAGGGCUGUAAGGCAGAAGAUGCUGAUGAAGCUAUGAGUAAAUACCUAUCAGAAAAAUUAAAGUUGAAAGACAAAUGGCUUGGUGUCUGGAAGACUAACCCUGAGUUAUUCUUUGUGAAAUAUGAAGAAGCUUCUAUCCCUUUUGUUGGUAUACUGGUUGAGGUAACUUGUAAACCUCGCCAAAGUUCAUCAUCUUGUUUCAAAGUUACUGUUUCUGUUGCUGAGCCCUUUUCUUCUAACAUUGCAAAUAUUCCAAGGGAUUUGGUGAAUGAGAUUCUGGAAGAACUAGAGCACAGUGUGCCUCUCUUGGAAGUGUACCCUGUUGAAGGACAAGAUAAUGAUAUACAUGAUAUUGCUUUGGCCUUGGAAGUUGUAAGGUUUUUUUAUGACUUUCUUUGGAGAGACUGGGAUGAUGAAGAAAGUUGUGAGAAUUAUACUGCUUUGAUUGAAGAAAGAAUUAAUUUGUGGUGUGCUAUACAAGAUGGAACAAUACCUGGUCCUAUUGCACAGCGUUUUAAAAAGACUUUGGAGAAAUAUAAAAACAAGCGUGUUGAGCUCAUUGAGUAUCAGAGUAAUAUCAAAGAAGAUCCAUCUGCAGCAGAAGCUGUUGAAUGCUGGAAAAAAUACUAUGAGAUAGUAAUGCUCUGUGGAUUAUUGAAAAUGUGGGAAGAUUUGCGCCUCCGAGUUCAUGGGCCCUUCUUUCCAAGAAUUCUGAGGCGUAGGAAAGGAAAGAGGGACUUUGGAAAGACUAUAACACAUAUUGUAGCAAAAGUGAUGACUACUGACAUGGUAAAGGACCUAUCUUCAGACACACUUCUCCAACAGCAUGAUGAUUUGGAUUUGGCUUUGGAUAGUUGUUAUAGUGGAGAUACAGUAGUUAUUUUUCCAGGAGAAUAUCAAGCUAUCAAUCUUGCUUUGUUGACUGAUGACAUCAUUAUAAAGGGAAUUGGAAAGAGAGAGGAAAUUUUGAUUACUUCUGAACCAUCUCAUGACAGUUUUGUGGUGUCCAAAGCUGAUAAUGUGAAAUUAAUGCAUCUAUCUUUGAUACAACAAGGGACAGUUGAUGGUAUUGUGGUGGUAGAGUCUGGUCACAUGACUCUAGAAAACUGUGUGUUAAAAUGUGAAGGAACAGGAGUGUGUGUUCUUACAGGGGCUGCUUUGACAAUUACAGACAGUGAGAUAACUGGGGCCCAGGGUGCUGGUGUUGAGCUAUAUCCUGGGAGCAUAGCCAUCUUGGAGAGAAAUGAAAUUCAUCACUGUAAUAACCUCAGAACAAGUGAUAGUUCAAAAAGCACCUUAGGUGGAGUUAAUAUGAAGGUUCUUCCAGCACCCCGAUUGAAGAUGGCUAAUAAUCAUAUUUACAACAACAAUGGUUAUGGAGUAAGCAUUCUUCAACCAACUGAACAAUUUUUUAUUGUAUCAGAGGAAGCCCUCAACAAAGGGGCUGCUUCAGGAGAUAAAAAAGAUGACAAUAUGCUUUCCAAAGUAAUGCAAAAUCUGAAUUUGGAAAUGAAUAAUAAUAAAAUAGAAGCGAACUUAAAGGGGGAUAUCAGAAUAGUGACAAAUUAAAGCAUCUGGAUUUAUGUUAAAAUUUUAUAUUUCAGAUAUUUCUCAUAUCCCACAGAUACGGUAAUUUUAAUUCAAAGCUUAUUUAAAGACACAUAAACAUUUAAA